GGCGCAUAUUUGCAUUUUAUGUUUUUCCAAACUAGUCGCUAGGUGGCGAUAGUGAUAGCUAGUGAAUUAUAUCCAGUCGAAGAUAAGAACCAACGAAGAUACGCUGCUUGUGAGCGAAAGAAGUCAAACCUGCACCGCUUCUCCAGUGUCAAGAUGCAGACGCCGGUGCAGUCCAUCAUCCACAGCGGAUACUUCCACCCGUCGCUCAGAUACUGGCAGACCUGUGGCACGGAUUUAAGAGCGGAAAGUCUGAUCUACCCUAUUUUCAUCACAGACAAUGUUGAUGCGGUGGAGCCCAUUGGUAGCCUGCCGGGACAAGCCAGAUAUGGGGUAAACAAACUGGAAGGGAUGUUGCGGCCACUUGUAGCUAACGGCUUGAAAUGUGUGCUGAUCUUUGGGGUCCCUGCAAAAAUAGCUAAGGAUGAUAGAGGGUCAGGAGCGGACACAGACGACACACCGGCGGUCACAGCGGUGAAGAAGGUGAGAUCUUUGUUCCCGGACCUGCUGGUGGCGUGUGACGUCUGCUUGUGUCCUUACACAUCCCAUGGUCACUGUGGUAUCCUUAAUGAAGAUGGUUCUCUGAACAAUGAUGCCAGCUGUUUGAGACUGGCAGAAGUGGCGUUGGCCUAUGCCAAAGCUGGUUGCCACAUAAUUGCUCCCUCUGAUAUGAUGGAUGGCAGGGUCGGGGCAAUAAAACAAGCCCUGCUCGCUAAUGGUUUGGGAAACAAGGUGUCAGUGCUGAGCUACAGCGCAAAGUUUGCCUCCUGUUAUUAUGGUCCUUUCAGAGAUGCCGCACAAUCCAAGCCAGCUUUUGGGGACAGACGCUGCUAUCAGCUCCCGCCUGGAGCGAGAGGGCUCGCACUUCGAGCGGUGGAGCGAGAUGUGAAAGAAGGAGCUGAUAUGCUGAUGGUGAAACCAGGUCUGCCAUAUCUGGACAUUGUCAGAGAGGUCAAGGACAAGUUCCCCAUGCAUCCUCUUGCUGUGUACAACGUGUCGGGGGAGUUUGCCAUGAUGUGGCACGGCGCACAAGCUGGUGCGUUUGACUUGCGAGCUGCUGUGAUGGAGGCCAUGACUGCUUUCCGCAGGGCAGGUGCUGACAUUAUCAUCACCUACUACACCCCUCAGCUGCUCAGCUGGCUGAAAGAGUGACGAAUGAGGGCCGAGGCUGGACAAUCGGAUGAAGAUGGUGCCUUUUAAAACCAAAAGUCUGCACUUGACAUCAUCGGGGUAACUUAGCGCGCUUUGGGGGACUCAUUUACAUUUAUUCAACACAUUUUGGAUGCAUCAGUAUUGUGAAAACAGGGCCAUGAAACAACAUGUGAGAUUACAGCUGUGGUUAGAUUCAAAUUCUAAAUGUUUUUGAAGGGCUUAAAACUGUGAAUGUAAGGGGUAGUCGCAGUAUUGCUAGUUUUUGUAGCACUGUCACUUCUGUGUGCGAUUGGGACCAACAUUCAAUGACUUAGGCUUACUAGCUCAUUGAAUUAUUUGUCACCACCACCGGACCUGAAAUUAAAGUGUUUAUUCAUA